CGGGGCCUGUGAGCAAACAGCGGAGGAUUCAAAGUGAAAAUGGCCGCGGGGAAACAAGUCGAGGAAAACAGCCAAAACAAAAGAGGUACAGUGUCCAGCAUGGUGAUCAAUCACGAGGAAUCACCGGGCGACUCUCGAGCGGGACGACCACCAGUCAUCUUCAAUCCAGACUUCUUUGUGGAGAAGCUCCGCCACGAGAGCCCGGAGGUUUUCCUGGAGGUGGUGCUCAGUAACAUCACUCGCCUCAUCGACCUUCCUGGGACCGAGUUCUCACAGCUCCUGGGCGAGGAGAGUCCCAAGACCCCGACGGGGGGAAACGGAGGCUUCUUCCGUUCUUUCAACUUCCUCAAACGCAAAGAUAAGGACGUUGUGUUUGGAACCCCGUUGACAGAAAGCUGCAUCGCUCAGAUCUACCAGCUCAUUGAGUACCUCAGCAAAAACCUGCAUGUGGAGGGUCUGUUCCGGGUGCCGGGGAACAGCGUGCGGCAGCAGACCCUGAAGGAGCUUCUCAACAGCGGCGCCGAUGUCGACCUGGCGUCUGGAGACUUUCACCCCAACGACGUGGCCACGCUGCUCAAGACCUUCCUGGGAGAGCUGCCCGAGCCACUGCUCACACACCGACACUUCCAUGCACACCUUAAGAUAGCUGAUAUGACUCUGUUUGACGAGCAAGGCAACAAGACUGUGGUGCCCAACAAGGAGCGUCAGAUCGAGGCCCUGCAGCUUCUCUUCCUGCUGUUGCCUCAGGCCAACCGCUCGCUGCUCAAACUGCUGCUGGACCUGCUUUACUACACAGCCAAGCAGCAGGACAAGAACAAGAUGUCCGCCUUCAACCUGGCCCUCAUGUUCGCUCCGCACGUCCUGUGGCCCAGACACAUGACGGCCGGUGACCUGAAAGACAACCUGAAGAAACUGAACAACAGCAUGGCGUUCCUCAUCAAACACUCACAGAAACUCUUCAGGGCUCCAGCUUACCUGCGGGAAUAUGCCAGAGUGCACUUCGCUGGGACCAAGGCUCUGCAGGCCAAGGAAGAUCUGGAGCUGCUGGCGGCGAGGAGCUCUCCGGCCCAGCGUGCCGUGUUGCCCCUGAAGAGGACGGCUGCUCUGGGCCCCAGCGCUCCGGAGCCGUGCCAGUCCCCAGCUCAGCAGUACACCGAGGAGGCCCUGAAGGACCUCUUCAGACACGUCCACCACAACAUGCCGGACUCCGCCAAGAAGAAGAAACUCGUCCGACAGUUGGUCAAACAGACGACGUCAGGGUCGCCGACCAACGAGCACCAGCAGGCGCCCCCAGCUCCCAGCAAGAAACAUCCCCGCUCACGGUCGUUCGGGGGCCUCAUCAAGCGCAAAGCCCGAGCGGAGCAGCUGACAGCAGACAGGCGGGUCCGACACAUCUCCCCCGACUCCUUCAACAGGGCUGGAAGGAAAGCUGGUAAAGAGAACGUCAUCCUCCAAGGGGUGAACAGUCCAUUAACUGGUCCUGUGCUGGGGAAGGUGGGACUGGUGGUGAAAAACCCAGACUUUACUUUUACAGAGAACAAGGCUCUGAAGGUUUCCAAGCAGGCCUCCCCCGCCGUGACCAGGAUGUGUUUCUCUCCUGCUCAGGAGAUCUCUGUGUGACACCCGACACCUUCCUCUCAUCUCAGACCGGAUUUGGGCCGUAUUAGUAUAAUUAACCCUCAUCUUGUGUCAUUGUGUUUUCAUUGUAGUGAGUCUGAUAUAACUGUGAGUAAUAUUCAGCAGAUUUAAGCCAGAGCAGCUGAACCAAAGUCUGGGUUCACUUUACCACUGAACAUGGGUCAGGAUGUGACUUAACUGGUACCAGCAGCUUUUAUUCUACAUGCUGUUGAUCGAAGGAUGGUGAAGAAAAUUCAUGUUUUAUAGUUUUUAAUGUUUUUUAUUAUUGUCUUUAGAUGCUACAGACGUUAAUAUUCUUUUAAAUAAUUUAAAUUUUAGACCACACAGUGAACUUCUGAUGGAGAUCCAGCACUUUGAGAAUCAGUCUGACGUUAUUUCAAAUCAAUUAAGACAUUAUUUUUAGGCAUUUUGUUUUUAAUUUGGAAAUCAGAUGUGAUGAGAUUAGUUGUAGAUCUGGACCAUAAACCCAAUACUGAGAAUCACAAUAAUAUUUCAACAAGUGUAAUGACGACCAAAAGGUUUGUUGCUGCGACGGGAGGAAAAAGAAAAAUGGAUGAAUAUCGUGUUACAGCACGAAAAGUUUAUUGUUCUAACAAGAUGUUCUUCACGUUUUACCUGUUAUAACAGUUUAUUUUAACAUUAUUAACACAUUCAAACUCAUCAAAUGUUAAAUUAUAGUUCUGCUGCUAUAACAUGAUGCGUUUGCCUGUUUUAAUAAUCCUCUUGAUUUGACGAUAAACUUCUCACACUGACACUGAUCCAGUCAGCAACGAUUCACCUGAAGCAGCUUCUUCACUUUGGUUCUGCGUCUCUGGCUCGAAGCUGCUUGUGCCAGUCGUCACUCGAAACCCUUUUUAUUUGCUGCUGUCUCAGAAUCAGCGGCCUGUAGUUAGCGGAGCUCACAGUUUGCUGUAGCAUGUAGAAUAUGUACAUAUGUGUGUGUGUGUGUGUGUGUGUGUGUGUGAUGUGCAUGUUCUGAAAGUUUUUACACUUUAUUCUUAUUGGGAACUGUGAUGAGCGCUUUGGGUACGACACUUGGGUGAAAGAUGUCUUGGGAUUGUGCUGCUGAUCUGGAAUCAGCUGGAUUUAAAUUUUUCAAACAUCUCCUCCUCCUGAUAUGAAAAACAAUAAUUAAUAAUCAUCGUAACGACUCCCGCGGACUGGGAUCCCUGCGAAUCUGUCAAAUAUGAAACUUUCCCAGAAUAUCUCCAGGAGCUUUUUUAUUUUAUUUUGUGUUUUUUUUUUUUUUUUAACUGCAGCUGGUGACGGAGGAGUCAUUUGUCUUAAUUUGGACAAAAGUGCUUGAGGGUUUUUGUUUCUGUUGAAAUGAAAGGAUUUUUUUUGGUAUGUUUUUACAUUGGUGGAAAUGAGCAGCAAUCUGUUACAGAGAGGAAGAUGCUUGGCGUGUGUGUGUGUGUGUGUGUGUGUGUGUGUGUGUGUGUGUGUGUGUGUGUGUGUGUGUGUGUGUGUGUGUGUGUGUGUGUGUGUGUGUGUGUGUGUGUGCUGUAUCGAAGGUUGAUUGUGUUACGAAGAAGAGGCGCGAGUCUGAGAGAAGUAAGAAAGGAUCGUAAUGUGAUUGGACGGCGUCACCUGGUUGUUUUAUUUAACACGUCAUGUGUGUGGUGAUAAAACAUGCGACUGUUACAGAUUUUGAUUUCAUGUGUUUCACCUCGAACAGUGUUUUUAAGGAUUGUGUGAUGAAAGGGACAUUAAGUCAUUUACAGGAUGAAUCUCUGAGUUCUGGAGAGAGAUGAUGUUUCUCCCCCAAAACUACAAAAUAAGAGCGUCUAUAAGGAAUUAACCCAAACAGCUGUCCAAUUAGUUGAGUAAAGGAUCAAUUUGGAAUAUUUUCUCAUAUUUUUGCACUAUUGAGCAUUAACGGUUUACAUGGCAGCGGAGGAAAAAGUUAAUCUCAAACGAUGAGCAAACCAUUGCAACUUUCAUCUGCAGAAUAAAUCUGUUGUCUAACACCAGGAAACUUAUUUUGUUCUUUUUGUAUUUGCAGAAACUAAAAUUGUUUCUUAAUGUCCCUUUUUAAACAUUUUGAACUAUAUAAUUAAUUGUUUUUAAAUGUAUUGUUCUCAGAUCCUCGACUUCACUGUUCAUGGUUUGACUUAAACUGAUGUCUGCUCAGUUUGUUGUAUCGUCAGGACGGAUGCACCAGUUCCACGUUUUCAGCACCAGAGAAAUACUUUUGUUUUUUAUUUUCAGCCUUUUCCUAAACACUCCAGAGCCGGUGGGCGUCCACUGCCUUGCUCAGUGGCGCCUCAGCAACAUCCUGCUGAACCCAGACCAGCUCUGUGUUCAGUAGGUUUUUUUUUAUAAACUUUAAAAAGUGGUUCUUGGUUCUAAUUGUAUGUUUGUUUGGAAAUGUGUCUGUGCUGCUGAGUCUGUGUCUGGUGCAUCCUGCUGUUGAAGGUUUUGUGGAUGUUGUAUCGAUGGGUUUGUGAAAGUGACGAAGCUGUUGCACGUGGCUGAAACGUCAGCUACAGAUAAACACUAGAGAUUGACUUCAUUUCUGUUUUGACUGAAUUCAUCUCGGAGGAGAAACGAGCUUUUGAACUGAGACGUCUCCAUGACGUCGUUUCCUCUUCUGACGAUUUCUCCUCCUCAUUUUUCGGUUCUCUGCAGUUUUACGAGCCAGUUUUAAGGGAAGGUCAAAUUGUUUUCUCUUGUAUUUAUUCCUCUUACAACUUUAAAUAUUUAAAAAUAACACAGAGUUUGCAUGUCGGUGGUAUUUACUAAAAAAACCCUGCAAGACUUAAGUGACACUGUUUUUUCUUUUUGAGUCAUUCUCUCCACUGUUUCCCUGGAACUGUUCUAUCGGUGUCUUUAACAUAAAUGUGAAACAGGAAGUUCCUCUGCUCGUUGUGCAUUGUCUCCGAGUUCCUCUGCACGCUGUGAAAAUCAAGACCCACACGAAAGGAAGCUGAACAUUUGUAAAUUUAAAACCUUCCCUGACCAGCGUCUGAUCUGUUUGUUCAUCGGGACAAUAAGAUGUUGAAAUGUCAGUUUGACUUUUUAUUGUCUCGAUUUGAACUGAGACUUCUCAUUGUCCCUCACGUCCUGAUGAAGUCAUGUCAGUGACUGUUGGGCCGUGUGGUUUAAACUGUGGUAACCUGUUUUGUUUGUUUUUAUUUUUUUUAGUGUAAAAUAAUUUAACCCUGUAAAUUGGAUUCCUUGGCGAAUGGUCCGCUUUGGAUUAAACCUUUUUUUUUUAUGUUUA